GUGUUUGAGAUGUCCAUGUCACAAUCAAUCAUCACAUCACAUAGCAUAAUAACAUAUGUGAUAACAAUUCAAAAACCCUAACGCUGAGUAAGCAAACAGUACAACCCAACUGCGGCAUCCUUUUCGUCCCCGCAGCCACCAUCAUCUCCGAUAAUCACCGCAACCAUCAUCUCGCCGAUAAUCACCGCCGCCGAUUUCAACUUUUCCGUCACACAUUCCCGUAAAAUGCUCCAACAUCAUGCACUCGUUCGCUUCCAUGGAUCAGAAUCGUGACUCAAAUCUCAAUCCGUCACGUGCUCAAUCACCAAUCACCAUCAUCAAUGCCGUCCCUAGGCACGUGACAAUCUCCGAUGUCGCCUCCAUGGGUUCCAUAAAAAAGGCUGAAGCCUGGUUCGUUAAGAUCGCUUGCACCGUUUUUGUUCGUUACAAUUCAUUUGAUCGUUUUGUGUUUUAUUUUAGUAAACAUUUAACUCCAAACCUUGUUCAAGAGAUUGUUAAUUGUAGGUUUAACAAUUUUCCUUCAUUAGGUUUUAGGGUUGUUCAAUUCAGUAGAGAGAAUUUGCAUAUGAAUCAUAAUUAUUGGACUUAUAAUAUGUUGUUGAGAUCACUUUGCAAAUCGAAUCAUCAUGGUUCGGCGAAAUUGGUUUAUGAUUGGAUGAGGUUUGAUGGUCAGGUUCCUGAUAAUUGGUUGUUAGGGUUUUUGGUUUCGUCGUAUGCUUUAAUUGGUAGAUUCGAUGUUUCAAAGGAAUUGCUUGUUGAUGCUCAGUGUAAUAAUGUUGGAGUAAAUGCUGUUGUUUACAAUAAUUUGUUUAACAUUUUGAUAAAACAGAAUAAAUUAAGGGAUACUGUUGAAAUGUUUUGGGAGCUUGUUCGGUUGAAAUAUCGUCCUGUGACCUACACGAUCAAUGUUUUAUUGCGAGGUUUGUGUAGGGCUGGAGAAAUUGAUGAGGCUUUUAGGCUUCUUAGUGCUUUGAAGAGUUUUGGUUGUUCGCCUGAUGUGGUUUCUUAUAAUACUAUUAUUUAUGGUUUGUGCCGAAUUAGUGAGGUUGAUAGAGCUAGAAGUUUGCUUAACGAGGUUUGUUUGAAAGUGGAUGUGGUGCCUGAUGUUGUUAGUUAUACGACAAUAAUAUCAUGUUAUUGCAAGUUGAGUAAGAUGGAUGAGGCAUCUUUGCUUUUUGAUGAAAUGAUUAGAUCUGGAACUAUGCCUAACACGUUUACUUUCAACGCACUCAUUGAUGGCUUUGUUAAGUUGGGUGACAUGGCUUCUUCGUUGGCCUUGUACCAGAAGAUGUCUUUUCAUGGCUGUGAUCCUGAUGUUAUUACUUUCACUUCCCUCAUUAACGGUUAUUUUGUAGUUGGACAAGUGAAAUGUGCCUUGGAAAUGUGGAAUGAGAUGAAUAGCAGAAAAAUUUCUGCAAGUUUAUAUACGUUCUCUGUCCUUGUCAAUGGAUUUUGCAAGAACAACAGACUGCACGAGGCCCGUGAUAUUUUGAGAAUACUGAAGCAGAGUGACGUUGUUCCGCAACCAUUUGUCUACAAUCCUGUUAUUGAUGGAUAUUGUAAAUCAGGGAAUGUAGACCAGGCUAAUAAAAUUCUUGCUGAAAUGGAAGAGAAGAGGUGCAAGCCUGAUAAGUUGACGUAUACCAUUCUUAUUAUUGGGCAUUGUUCGAAAGGGAGAAUGGCUGAAGCAAUUGGUAUCUUUGAUAAGAUGUUGGCAGUUUGCUGCGCCCCUGAUGAAAUUACUAUAAAUAAUUUGAGAUCGUGUCUUUUGAAGGCUGGAAUGCCUGCUGAAGCUGCCCGUGUUAAGGAAGCUCUAUGCCAGAACCACAAUUCCAGUACUUCAUUGAAGAAGAAAUCUGUUCGUGAAAGUACAAAUGCAGAUAUACCCAUUGCUGUUUAUUGAAGUGCUACUGCAAUCUAGUGUGGUUAGACAUUGGUUCCACCAUUUUGCAUCGAGUACCGGCGCAUGUUUCUGGCUUUUGGUACAAAAGGAAUGCUAUAAUCAAGCAGAGGGCCUCUAUUUGCUGGAGAUCGCCAACAUUUACAUUUGCGUUGUUGCCUUUCCCUACAAGAUUCUGCUUAUUGUUAUUUAACCUAAAGCUAGGUCUGGCAAUGGUAUUUUGAAUUGCAACUGUGAACUCCAACAAUCCCAUCCCAUUAUGGAAACAUGUUGUGAAUCACCGAAACCUACGGUUUUUGGCCUUGUAGGUUCAGAGACAAAGCACUUCAGUUUUUUGCAGUAUUUGGAGGCCCGAGUUUCUUGGUGCACCAUCCUUCCCAAAUUCUAAACAUGACACAAAUACGGGUCAGUCAAUGAGUAUCGCCCAAUUCUUUACAAGUUUAAAGCUUGCUGGAUGUUACUAAUGUAUAAUAAGAUAAAGUGUGCGUCAUAUUGAAAGAAAUUUCAUGCUUGAAGUUCAAUUUAUCAUUGGCUAAAUAGCUGGCCUUUGAGUUUAAAUUCUUCUGUGAAAUAAGGUUUUCUAUUCAUCUUUUUUGGCUUACAUGAUCUUAGAGGGUGUAACAAUAGUUUUCAUCAGUGACCCAAAAUAGUUUCAACCAUAUUAAUUUUUUAAUUCUUUCUGAACAUAUCCCUCUUUGUGUAGUUUGCCACAAAAGAAAAGGUGAAAUAACCCUCUUUGAGGGAGAGUUGUAUAAUGUGCCUUAAAGAGGAUAUUCCUUAAAUCACACAACUCUGCAGCUAUCAUUAACCUUGUCUUGUUUCAACUGUUGUUUAAUAUGUUCUCUUUCAAAAAUAUGUAUACUAGGCAGCCAACUUGAACUUUUAUCACGACUUUAUGUAAUGUUAUCAGUUUUAUAGUGUCAAAUAACCGAUUAUCCCAAAAGCUUAAGCUGUUAGGAUAGGGCCACAUCAAUGGUUUUAUAUUUCUAAUACGCCCCCUCACGCAAGAGCCCACUUGGGCUUGAAGUGUGGAUAAUGCAUAGGCCCACCUACCAUAUGCUUAAAUUCCACUUUUUAAUUAGAAAGUGAGGGGAGCGGGGAUCGAACUCUAAACCACUUAGUCAUAGAGGCUCUGAUACCAUGUCAAAUAACCGAUUAUCUCAAAAGCUUAAGCUGUUAGGAUAGAGCCACAUCAAUGGUUUUAUAUUAUUUCUAACAUAUAAGAAAUUUGAUUCAUUCAUUAGCUUCUUUGAUAGAAUUUAUUAAUUAGUUUAGUAGUGCAAAUACAGUAAUAAAAUCUUAUGUGCCCCUUAAGCCCAUGGAAAGGCUAGUCAUUGUUAUUUUCUUGUCAAACUAGUAGUAUUUGAAGAAAGAUGUGCUGGUAAAACCUUGGAAAUUGUAUUUAAUGGAUCUGAAUAUGUCAAGGGCUGUAAAGUUAGAGUUUUGAUUAUUUAAAACACUUUCUUACACACACACACAGACAGACACACACUGAUGUAGCACCCAGUUUUUUUCCCCAUGGUAUGGAAGAAUUUGCCUAUUUCCGCUAUUUUUUCCGGCCGUUAGAUCAUGUAAACUAAUUUAAUGGGCUGGGCAUUGAUUAGUGACUACACAAUUUUUCUUUUGUCGGACACUAAAUGUGGAUACUUCUCUAAGCUAAAAUUUGAACUUUAGUCUGCCGCAUUAUUGAAGUUUGAUUCUUUCUGUUAGAUUCAACUCCUUGGUUGUCGCUGCACACUAUAACUUAUAUAUAAAACAUAUAAAAGCUUGAGAAACUAGUCUGAGCAUGUCACUAAAAAUAGUAUACGACGUGAUAAUGCGUUUUCAAUAAAUCAAAAUUUAAGGGAGUUGGGUCUCAAUGGCUAUUCAGUGUCAGGAAAAGCUGCAAAAUUUUAUAUGAACAAUUAGUGUUAGGAAAAGCUGCAAGGGAGGUCUCAAAUUCUCAGUUACACACCUUUGGUCAAAACACUUGGCGGUAAUCCUCAGUGUUGAAAUUUCUUAAAUAAUUGUUCAACAAAAUCUUAUUUAGUCAAUAGUCAUUGUCCAUUUGUUGAACCAUUCUAAUUUUUUUUUUUGGUCAAGGAACCAUUCUUUCAAUUCACCAAGAAGCAAAAUGUAUUAUUCUAUAUUUGUAUCUACACAACUUAAAAUAAUUACUUCCCUCCUUUAAUUGAAGAAUAAAAAAUAAAACUAACUCAAGCAUAUCUUCCAUUACAAUUGCACGCCCACUCUUCUUUGAUCUCCCUUGUAUAAUUUGUGUACUCUUGCAAUUUGUAGCUCAUCACACUUAGGCUAUAGUAGUUUGUACACUAAAAUAAAACUAAGCAUUUUUUGCACCCAAAAAAAAAAACUACACACUUUUUUUUU